AUGGUUGAUGGCGGUGAACCAGUUGCUAUAGAAAAAAUGGUCGACAUUGCAAGAUCAAUUGUGAUAGGAAAAUUAUCAAAUGCUCUCUACAACGAAUCACCAGAAUCUUUUAACAACAUCAUUUAUGCCUUACUCGAAAAAGCAUUCAGUAUGCCCAAAGACGCAGUUGAGCGAAUAAUUAAGUACCCACACCUUGAACUCGAACCGGAACAAAAGGAGUUUGCUUGCAAAUGCCUUAUUUCAUUUCGCUCGCGUGCGCAUAAACAUCGAGUAAUUGCGCAAAAAGGGAACUUAGAGGCCCCUACCACGAUUGAAACAAUUACGCAAAUUCCUAAAGAGAUUUUGGAACUUGAAGAUGAGCUUGAAUUUGCGAAUGAGUGUGCAGGAGGCGGUGGAGAAUUGGUGGAUAGUAAGGUGGAUUCCACUUUAAAAGCAUCACAAUGCGUUAUUGAUCAGAAGCCUGACAUCGUGCAACCUUCUGACAAUACGAAUGUGACUCUUUGCAAAAAAGAACAAGAAGAGUUAGAAGCGGAAUCAGUGUCUUCCGCUACUGCCCCACAUGCAACAGAUGCAUCAGAUCGCCUAAAGUUGACAGAUGAUAGCACAAAUGGGUGUGCUCAUCUUAAGUCGACGGAAGAUGGGAAAUUCGUUGAGAACGAUGAAACCGAUUCUGCUUAUCCAGAAGAGGGAAGUGUCGAGAACAAGAAAGAUGGUGUGGGGGAAAUGCCACCUUUAUCUACAGAAGAGCUUAGUACGGCAAAAGAAGAUGUGGAAAUUUCUAUUCAGAACGAGCCAAUGGAUAUGCAGCAGUGCGGAAAUGAUUUGCAGUCGAAAGACGAAAAAAGUGAAAUGAAUAUAGUUGGAACAGUACCUGCACAGAUUCCGAACAAGGAGCUAACGCCUCUUUGCAAAAUUGACAAUCAUAAAGAGCAUUUUAAAAUGUUGCCUGUUUCUUGGGAUGGUGCUCCGGAGUUUCAGUGGCGAACGGUGCAUAACUCAGCCGAUCGCCGUACAUUAAUUAUUGAGAACGCAUCCUACACUGAUAUAUCAAACGUAUGGCUUUACCCAGCGAUAGUCCGCUCUUCAGAAAUUAAAUUGUCGUUUGAUAAGCAGAGUGGUGAUAUGAAAGAAUUUACGGGGAAAAUGGAACUUAAGUUUGUUGAUGAGACUGUUGUAAGUUCUUGCGCGAUCAAUUAUCUGGUGCAUGUCAGGACGUCUCGAGGGCGCCGACUAAAAAUAUUUUUGCCUCAAACGAAAACUGCAAUUCGCCUCAAAGGCGAACUGGAAGAGCGUUUGGGAAGGGUACGGGAACCCAAUGAGGUGAUGCAUCAGUUGAUUAUUAAACCGAUAGAUGAGAACAUUGCGGAAGAACAUAUACGGAAUUUUGCUUUUAACAGUUACGAAAUCAAACGCAUUGAAUUCAAAGUGGACGCUUUAGGACAAAGAUGUGCCAUUGUGACUUUUGGGAAUGCGAGUAUUGCAGUAGCAGCUCAUUUAGCAAAUGAAUUUGUUCACUUUGGAGAUGCGAGGGGAGCGAAAGGAUGGCACUCUGGAGCUGAAGGACUGCUUACCAAAUCAGAGUACAAGAAAUAUGCGGAAUCAGAAGAUAAGAAAUUUAAUAAGGACCGAGAUAAUACAGGAGCAUCUGGUGGGAAAACAGAAGGAUCUCAAGUGAAACCAACGAAAGUGAAAGAAGAGCCUAAGGAAGAUGGUGAUCCCGAGCUUCAAAAUGAAAAUUCAAACGCUGAUCCAAUGAAAGACCCGAAAGAGCUAGGAAAGCAGAAAUCUCAGAAACGUAGUCUGCAAUACCCAGGAAGAGGAGGGCUCGUAUCUUCACUACCUCAGAACGGAAAAGCAAGGCGAAGUGCGAGGGGCAAAAGAGGAGGGAAAAGGCAGCAACGAGGGGGAGUCAUAGGAGUUCGGAGAAGCAUGCCAGAGUGGGGUCCUACUGGAACAGCUGUCAACAAUCCGCCAGUCAACCAGGAUAUAGCGCAACCGACACCUUUACUAACAAGAGAGGACUACGAAGCAUUACAAAGUUGUGCUCAGUUAAACAGCCAUGGCCCACGGCAAUUCCCGAAAAAGGGAGACCAGAAGAAGAUGAGGAAACCCGCUGCCGCUCGGCCUUUGAGUGGAUUUAAUCGGUUCAACCCUAAUUCUCAAGUUCAUAUGCCUCGUUUUCCACGCGAGGAUAAUAAUAUGAUGGAGGACGGGCCAUAUGGUGAACAGAGAGAUGACAGGUACAUGUACCCUGACCGAGCUAUGCGUCGUAGGCCCGAGGAUCUUGACUACCCCAUGUUUGGGUUACACGACGGUAUGGGUUACGGGAAUCCUUCUUCGUCGGCUUACUUUAACAGGCCAUCUGGCAAUUACGCGGGUGAUAGGUACGAACGGAAUCUUGAAGAAAUGGAUUACUCUCGGUCGAGGUCGUAUGACUUAGACCCGCGUGAGAGUGGUUGGGGCGGUUAUGAUGAAUAUUUGCGGGGUGGUUAUAUGGGUCGAAGAGGUAUAGAUUACAAUGGGUAUGAUCGGUCUCGGCAGCCCGAAUCUUUCAACUCGGCCUGGCAUUAG